AUGGCUCCUUCACCUGCAAAACUUUCUGGGUUUCAUCGUCAAGAUCAUAACUGGUAUAGUGACGCUGGAUUGCCCAGCGAUAUUACCCUAUCAAUUGACGGUGUCAAUUUCCAUCUUCAUAAGUUUCCUCUUGUUUCAAAAUGUGGAAAAAUCGCGCGGAAAUAUGACGAUUUCAAGAAUUCGAAUGAGAAGAAUCUGACAAUGGUGUUGGAAGAAUUUCCUGGGGGUUCUGAGAUUUUCUUGAUUGUGGCUAAAUUCUGUUAUGGGUUUCGUGUGGAGUUGACGGCAAAAAAUGUGGUAUUGGUCCACUGUGCCGCGGAGUAUCUUGAAAUGACGGAGGAAUACGAAGAAUCGAACUUGUUGACGAAAUCGGAGAGUUUUUUUCACAAGAAUAUAUUGCGCAACUGGAAAGAUUGUAUUUUGGCCCUCCAGAGUUCUGAGCCUAUUCUAUCGAGAGUUGAAAAUCUUCAUUUAGUGGAUAAGUGUUUAAACGCGCUAUCGAUGAUGGCUUGCACGGACCCGAGUUUAUUUGGAUGGCCGAUGAUGAUGUAUGGGAGUUUUCAGAGCCCUGGCGGAAGCAUUCUUUGGAACGGUAUAAAUACUGGUGCUAGAAUUCGAACCUCGGAAUCUGAGUGGUGGUUUGAAGAUAUCUCGUAUCUCAGCGUCAGUUUGUUUGAGAGACUUAUUAAGACGAUGCGAGCGAGAGGUAUGAGACCUGAAAGCCUAGCAGGAGCCAUAAUGUAUUAUUCUAGGAAGCACUUGCCAGGUCUAGGUCGGUGGCAGGGUAGACAAGGCGGAAAAACAAGAACAGUUGCGAGCUUUAGCUUGACGCCUGCUAGUGCUGCUAUUGAUCAAAAGGAUCUUUUGGAAAGCAUCGAGAAACUUCUUCCUCAAAAGAAGGGAAAAUCGUUUUGCCGUUUCCUACUCGGACUUCUUCGUGUAGCUUCGAUAUUGAAUGUCAGUGAAACUUGCAAGGAGUCUUUAGAGAGGAGAAUAGGGAUGCAAUUGGAACUGGCAACAUUAGAUAGUCUUCUCAUCCCAGCUUAUGCAGAUUCCGAUGCUUUAUAUAACACAGACUGUAUCGAACAUAUAGUCCAUCAUUUUGUUCUUACGGAAUCAAAUUUAUCCGCCUUUUCUCCUUCAUCACUCGAUCCACAAGCAUCGUCGUCAUCUGAAUCAUUAAGGAAAGUUGCGAAGCUGAUUGAUAGCUAUAUUGCCGAAAUUGCAUCUGAUGUCAAUUUAAAACCAGGAAAGUUACGCUCGCUUGCACAGGCCCUGCCUGAGUCGUCAAGAUCAUUACAUGACGGAAUCUACAGGGCACUAGACAUAUAUUUCAAGGCUCAUCCUUGGCUCUCUGAUAAUGAGAAGGAAGAACUAUCUAACAUCAUUGACUAUCAAAAACUCUCAAUCCAUGCUUGUGCUCAUGCAUCCCAAAAUGAAAGGUUACCCCUAAGAGUUGUUCUUCAAGUGUUAUUCUUCGAACAGCAACAUUUGAGAACAUCAUUAGCCGGAUGUGUCAAUGCUUUAGGCGGUGAUAGCGCUCCAGCUCCAGCAGCUCAUGUCACCGCUCGAGGUGAUACCGCCAGCGAAAUUGUACAGAGAGACGGAUGGGUUGCUGUUGUGCGCGAAAAUCAGGUUUUGAAAAAGGAUAUGGAUAGAAUGAGUACUAGAGUUGGAGAACUCGUAGAGGAAUUCACUAAAAUAAAACAGGAAAUGAAAACCGUAACAAAAUCUCACAGUGCACGCGAUUCUCCUCGGUUAUUCACAAGGAAAUUCGGAUGCAAACUUGUUCCUAGAUUCUCAGAUGUUCAACCAGAGUCCCUUGAUCGUUCGUUAUGCACACCAAGAGCAUCCAUCGAGUGGGCACGCCGUUCUCAUAAAUCUAGACACACCGAAAGUUUUUCUUGA